AUGGGCCUAUCCCGCACCUCUGGCCGUUUCUUCAUCCUCCCAAUUCCAAUCUCCAAAGAGUACAUCCCCCGUCUAAUGGGCCUAUUCAUCACCGACCCCUCAAAUCCAAUCCGCAGCUACCGACCCAAAACACGACUUCCAUCCUCAAUCGCACCAGGCCUCACCCCCGAUCCCAUCCCACUCUCGCCAAACCAAGUCGCUCUCGCCGCGUCCGACGCCUCAGUAGCAGCUCGGCUCAAAGGGCUCAUGGGUGCGCUCUCGUUAUCCGCUAGCGCAGGGACGGAGCAAGGCCAGGCACUGAGCAUCAAAGCUGAGGAGAUUUUGUGUUAUGCGAUGGAACAGAUCCCGGAUGUGUUUGCUUUGCUGAUCGCUGACGAGGAGUGUCGGAUGGAGGUUGCGCAGCUUAUGCGGACGAGCAGGGAGAAUCUGUGUUUUAUGAUCACGGGUUUCUUGACGGUGUCGGGGAAGACGGAGUGGAUUAGGUCAGUGUGGGGGAAGCAGGAUAUGCAGAUGCUCGGCUCGAUUCCGUUGGAUGGCGGACAAGCUGGGUUGGGUAUCAACGCGGAGGUUGGAGGGGGGCUGGGGAGGAAUACACACCCUCUUGCGAUAGUGUCAAGUGACGUUACGUUCCAAGUCGCUAAGAACCAUGUUAGAAGCUGUAACCCAGUUACCUUGGUUCGGGAAAACCAAGGGAUGGAAUUGCCGUUGUUCUCAAGGGGUGGAGAGUCUGGACAGCCCGAAGACGACGUAGAAAAGAAGAAAAAAUUUCGGCCCGAACAGAACGGCGGUUGCGUUCAUAGCUGCGGGAAACAACUCAGUCGUACAUUACAAAACUCGUUCGCGCUGGGAAGGGGGGAGAUGCAUAAUUCAAAUUGCGAAAACUUUAUGACGCGUCGGUCACAUGACAAUAUUUACAACUCCGCUUCAAAAAGUAUGAUUUACAUUUACAAGGAUAUGGAUUCCUUAAUUCAAGCUUCAAGGCGCUUUGUAUCCUUGCAACUUCUGGCAAUACGGGGGCGAUUUGGCGCCCACAUGUCUGCCUUCGGUCCUGACCUGGAAAGACAGGUCAACAGGAUGGACUCCAAUACCACUCAAGUUGGGGAAGACUAUACCCCUGGAGACUGGAACCCAAUUGAGAAGACUCCUCUCCGAUUCAGCUUCGACCAGGCUUCGCCUGCAGACAAUCCUCACGAUUACGCUUCUUCUAAACGAAGCAGGCCUUCCAAGUCACACUCUCCGUUUCCCCCCUCUCAGGCGGAGGUCCAGGAACAGACUGGCGAGAAACCAUGGCGCUCCGGUGAUACACGGCGCUAUGAUAUGCCAAAGAAUGGGGAUGGGUGGCAGAAGUGUAACGCGAUGGCGGAGAAGUACGACAACGAAAUGUGCGAUGCCUGGAAAGAUGAGGUGGAUAAAUUGUUGAUCUUCGCUGGUCUCUUCUCAGGAGCCGUAACCGCUUUCACUACGCAAUCCUAUCAAUGGCUAGGCAAACAAUCCCAGGAUUCUUCAGCCCGACUUCUCAGCUUCAUCGCAACACAACUCGCAAACUCUACCAAUCCCUUACCACCAUCCCUUGCCAUCCCAGAGUUCACCGUCACUCAAGCUCAAAUCCGGAUCAAUGUAGUCUGGUUCCUCAGUCUCACAGUCAGCCUGACAACUGUGCUAGUCGGUAUCCUGUGCCUACAGUGGCUCCGAGAAUUCCAACGCGAUGCAGCCCUCCCUCACAAAGACGCCGUGGCCCUUCGUCAAAUGCGAUACGAGGGGCUGAUUGAAUGGCACGUCCCCGACAUCCUCUCCAUUCUCCCCCUCCUCCUCCAACUAUCCCUCGUCCUCUUCUUCAUUGGUCUCCUCGACCUCCUCUGGUCCCUCAACACCCUCGUGGCAGCAUGCGUCUCCGCAGCAGUUGGGCUGGUCAUGCUCUUCCUGAUAGCGACCACAGCCCUCCCUACCCUGCAACACGCCUUGACAAAAGACAAACACCUCCGUGUUGCCCAGUGCCCUUACAAAUCCCCGCAGUCGUGGCUCUUCUACCGCGCUGGGCACUGGUUCUUCUGGCUGAUCAGCUCCUUCAACCCACCAUGGUCAGCCUUUGAUUCAACGCGGUUCCACCGCCUGUUGAAAUCUUCCGACGACAACAGCUGGCUUGCAUACGACAUGCGCUGGCGCAACCUUCGCGAUGCCGAAGAUAUUUCCUGGGGCACACCCAAGACCACCCGGGAUUCCGACGACGUCGUUCAUGGCCUCCACUGGAUAAACAAUACAUUCGCACAAAGCGUCGAGGCGAUAUACCCCGUCUACUAUUCCCUCGCAGACCUAGACAUUCCUGCUGCGGCAGCUACGAUAUCCGAGUUCUACCUCAAAGUAGGGCUCAUCGACAACGCCACGUUCAGAGUGAUGAUGGAUGACCGGUUCUCCCCGAACGAGAUGCAAAAACGCGACAUUGUAGCCGCGUAUUAUCUGCACUUGCACCAGGACAGGCACCCGGUUCUGAAAACGGGGUAUGUGGAGACGGUGAUCCGGAUAUUGAAUACGCAAGAUGUGCCCGGGCCAUUCUACGACUGGCUCUCCCAGAUCCUGCAGGAUCUGGCGUCCAGGCCUUUGUUGGCCCCGUCAGUCAACACUGGAGCCGCGGCCCAGUUGAACACGGAGGAAAUCAUCAUCCAGUCCUUACUUUGCGUCAAGUCCCUCAUCACACGAGACUCACUACGCACCCUAGACGUCGUCAUGGCUUGGGCUCUCCUCCGCCAAUUACUCACUCCACCCCCACCCCCUCUUCCCAACCUUCGACAAUCAACGAACGCCAUCGACGCAGAGCCACCCGACCUCGGCCUCGGCCUCAACCUCGACCACAUCAGACUCGCUGGCGGGCUCUUUGAAGAGCUCGAAGUAUGGCUAUCGCGGGGGAAAGAAAUGGGGAGGUGGGAGAGGGUGAAGGUGUGUACGGAGGGGAUGAUCAGGCUGUUUCCUUCUUCAAUCGACAUCGCGGCGCUGGAUACUGUGUGUCCGGUACAAAUGGCCAAGGCAGCAGGGCUUGUGAGGGCACUGGAUGUGCAUAUGUCUAGGCUUGGGGGAGCGGCGGCGGUGUUGGGGAGGGAGAGGGAGAAAUGGUGGCAUGAUUUUUUCGGGGAGGAAGCUUGUGAGGUUGGGGAGUGGGCUUUUUUGGUCAGUGGUUUCGAGGGUAUUGGAAGAGAUGACGGGUGA